AUGUGGUCCGAACUGUGUGAUUUCAGGCCCAAUGCCGGGAAUCUUCUGGCGUUGUGCGCCGGUGGAGUCCUGCGACUCUCCGGACUCGCUGUUGAAGCUCUGCUGCAUAGGAGUGCGCAUAUAAGUGAGAGGCAGCCGUCUCUUCAGUCAACAGUUCCGACGUGUACUCUCCACGAGGAUGCAAACAGAGGGGGGCCAAAUCCUGCCAGCGUCGAUAUGUCAAAAGACCAGCUCAGCGCUACGCUGCAUUGCUCAGGCAAGGCCAACAAGGUCAUGCCGCGAUUGAAAUCUAGCGUGUGCAGAGCAGACGUUGACGAUGCCACCGUCAUGUACUGCGACCAGGACAAUGCCAAACGCAUAACCUUGCAGGAUCUUCUCGGAACAAGGGACUCGAUCGAGUGGACACAAACCCUCCUGCUCCUCGAUCCCUCACCUUCAAAGCCUCCCGAUAACGGCGAGGCGUGGACGUUGCAACUGCAACACGCUCAGCUCCCACUGUCGGAUAAAACAUUCUUCGUUGGAUGUCAAAAAGAAAACGAGGAAGCCACGCAGUGCAAGCUCACAGUGAAUGUGAAAGCAAAGCCCUCGUCAGUCAUCAAUAAUGUCGUCACUUGUGCUUACGGCCAGGACAGUAACGAAGACGGUCCAGUGGAAGUGUCCCUGACAGCAGAGAACAGCACACUGGAGCUUGUUUGUGGGACAGAAGGAAUUAUCAGGCCUGACGCAUACCAGACAAGGUACUGCGAAGAUGCAGGCUUGCAAAACUGCAAAAACAGCUACAGCGAUAUUCUUCCAAACUUCGAUAAGUCUUGGUGGGAGGGGACUGAAAAAUCUCCGCAACAAGCACAGUUGAGGAUCCCUCCAACGGGUUUUCCUGGUGAAGACCAGUCCUUUUAUAUUGGCUGCGACAAGAACAAGACAAUGGCGAACAAGCGGCAGGCGGACUUGAAGUCGGAAGUAGUUCCAGAGCCCCCUGUCAAGCCUUCCGCCUGCAGAGUGUUAGUGACAAUUAAGGCGGCUAGUGUUUCCUCAGCGACGAUGGCUGUUACGCGCCUGGUAGCGGCAACUUCAUGUGUUGCCGCGGUAACGGCCAUUCUUGGGGGCUUUGUGUAG